ACGUCACACCAUUUAACCAGCGUUGGUUCACCAUUUACCAUGAUGACCCUGUCUCGCGUGAGUCACCAGUGAAAUUUUAUUCCACUCGAAAUUUACAGUGUUUGUGUUGUAAAUCACAAGUUUCGCAUAAAAUGUGAGUGCUUGCAACACAGUUUAAUGGCGGAGUACCUCCAGUACGACUGGCGGCUGGAAAAAAUCGUCCCGGAGCCGCCGCCCCGGAGCGAGCCCCAAGACAAAACCCUUUCAGUUCAAGCUUUGAGAACAAUGAUUCAGCAAUCGACCGAUUUGGAACUGAAAAACAACGUUUCACACGACGACAAAACCCUCCUGAAAUUCCUCUUCGCCCGGAAAUUCAACAUCCCGGAUUCUUAUCUUCUGGUACAAAACUAUUACUACUACCGGAAGAAAAACCACGUGAUUUUUGAAAACUUUACCUCAACAGCCCCCGAUAUUAAAAACGCGCUUGAGAGCAGUCUUCCGGGGGUUUUACCCUCGAAAGACCGCAAAGGACGCUGUGUCCUAAUCCUGAAUGCAACAAAUUGGGAUUGUGAUUACUCCUUAAUUAGCAUUUAUCGCGCGAUUUUGCUAAGUUUGGACCACUUAGUGAACGAAGUUCACAAUCAGGCCCGAGGCUUCGUUGUAAUCGUCGAUUGGACCGAAUUUUCCUUCCGACAAAGUACAAAUUUGAAGCCUUCGAUACUUAAAUUAAUGAUUGAAGGUUUGCAAGACUGUUUUCCCGCGAAAUUCAAAGGGAUUCAUUUUAUUGGUCAGCCGUGGUAUGUCGAAGCCGCCUUGACUUUCAUCAAACCGUUUCUCAAGGAGAAAAUCAAGGAACGGAUUUUUGUACAUGGGAAUAAUUUGAGUACUUUACAUGAUUAUGUCCACAAGGAUAUUUUACCGGCCGAGUUGGGCGGGGAACAACCGAGCUAUAAUCCCGAAAUUUGGAUUAAAACGCUGAGGGGAGAGUGAAAUUGGCAACGUCGCUAAAGUGGGGGGUUUGCGCAUGACAAUAGUUUGAAUAGUGCUGUGAUUUACGGAAAUGGCGCCAAAUAUUGUGACUGGCAUCAUUGCCAACCGUUUUAAACAAAUUCGAAUUUAUUUCUAGGUGUUUUAGGGGAUUUUAGGAAAAUCAAAGCUAAUUAUAGUGUCAUGGAAAAACGUCUUAAAAUUUUCCCAAAGAAUAGCGAUUUUGACACUAAAUAUACCAUUAAAGCAAAAAAAUAUCGUAUUUAUAAUAUUUAUUUAUUAUUAUAACAAUUAGUAACGAAAAAAAAAUUUUUUUCUCUAAAUUGAAUCUCACAAACUUUGUUGGGUUAGUUACUUGUCAAAAAAUGACGUAAUUGUCAUUUAUUUAAAGAAAACUGGAAGAGUCCACGAGUUUUUAGGGGAGUUUAUGGCUGUAACUUGAGACACCUCAAUAAAAAAACAGCAUCAUAAAAAUUAAUCUAGUGUUUUUAUAAGUCUUUGUUACAAAAGCGAAAUAAAUUAUCAUCUGAUUUAA